AUGGCGAUAGAAGUUAGAACAGACAUCAACCACCGACGAAGAGUCUUUGGUUCCAGCCAGUGGCUUGGAAUAUCAAUACCCAGAAUUGUUCUUGGGGACCUUGUUUUUCUGAAGCCUGGAGUGGAGACCAAGUUCCUGCUGAUUGCCUCUUCUAAAGUUCGUGCUCAUUACAGAUGUUGUGAGAACCAGCCAGUGGCCUCGAAUAUCAAUACCCAGAAUUGUUGUUGGGGACUUUGUUUUUCUGAAGCUUCGAGUGGAGACCAAGUUCCUGCUGAUGGCCUCUUCUUAAGUGGGUGCUCAUUACAGACUCGCUUUGUGAUUCUACAAGCCAGUUCUCUUCUCCCCAACCCAUCAAGCAUCACCAAGCUUCGUGAGUAUAUUGGGUUUGAAGGGAUAGUUUCAGCUCUAGAAAUCGACCAAGAAAACGGAAUCCAUGGCGAUAGAAUGGCUUCGACUAUCAAUACCCAGAAUUGUUGUUGGGGACUUUGUUUUUCUGAAGCCUGGAGUGGAGACCAAGUUCCUGCUGAUGUCCUCUUCUUAAGUGGGUGCUCAUUUCAGUUUUCUUGCAGCCUGGACUCUGGAGACGAAGUUCCUGAUGAUGGAAUCUUCUUAAGUGGGUGAUCAUUACAGGUAUGUCGGUCAUAUAUUGAUUUUAAGGUCGUGAAAUAGCAAUUAUAGGUAUACAAAUAUCAUUAUACGUUGAUAUUUAUCUUUAUGUACCGGUCAAUAAUUUUCACAUAAAAAUUUUAAUAAUAACGGGUAAACAUAUAAACAAGUAAAAAUGUGAAUUAACAAAUUUUAUAAAUUGAUUGCGAGAAUUCAACGU